GUCAUUGCCUAGCAACUGAAACAUUCAAACUUUUAAUGGGAUCCCAGUCGAAGAAAUCGCAAUCAACAGCAGAAGCUCUGAAGAAUGCAGAAUUUUCCAUAGAAGAAUAUUUGAAAACUGUUUUUCACGAGAAACUACUAGUAAAUGCGCCGGCAAAUGAAGACAGAAACUUAACAAACUCUACUAAGCUGUUGGAAAAAUACAAAGAACUAAAAAAUGUACAGAGUGCUCUGUCUGCAAAGAAGGAGGAAUUCCGAGUUAAGAUGGAGUGUAUUCAACGAAGAAGAGAAGAACUUGAAAAGAAAGAAUGUGAACUGAAGGAAUCCCUCAUCAAAUUUGACCAGUUCUUUAAAGACAAUGAUGAGAAGAGAGUUAGAGCAAUGAAGAAAAUAUCGUCAGAGAAGAGUUUACAGCAGCAGAAACAGAAUGAGAUUGAUAUUCUAAACUCAGAUAUAUCGCGUUUCACAAAAUUACGAGAGAAGCAGGAAAAGAAAGUCAAAUCACUCUUGAAAUACCGUCUGUUUCUGGAGUCAGUUGUGAAAAUAUCUGAUGAAUUCUCGGACGUUUAUGAGCUUAUUUCUCGGUAUGAUGCCCUAAAAGCUAACCUACAGGAUUUGGAAGCAUCAGAUGCAAAGAACCAGAAAAUUAUAGACGAAAAGAAUAAAGAGUUAUUUUACUUCAAAAAAAUGAAACAAGAUGAAAAGCUUUCUAUGACUAACGAAAUAGCUGAUCUUCGUAAUCACUUGGAGCUCCAACAGAUACAAGGAAGAAACAAUGAGACUCAGUGGGAACAAACAAGAAAUUUAGCAGCGAAUCGUAUUUAUGAGCUUAGCACUAUUGUUAUAGCUAUUGCCAACAUGUAUGCGCUUGUACGCACCCAUCAAAAAUAUGGUGAAACAGCCAAACCUAAUGAGACUUGCAAGCAACUUAGAGCGGUAAGCAAUGAACUUUGUUCUACAGUAACUUAUUUAAUCGAUUCUAUAAGCGUAGAAAGUGUCCUUAGUUCCACGCCAGGUUAUUAUUGUAACGCUGACAUUUUAGAACAAUGUUUAGGUGAAUCUGAUCCUUGAAAACCAUUCACCUACACAGUGUUACCAAAAUAAGUAGGUGGUGUUAAUUCAUUUAUCUGCGAUUCAAUAUUUGCCUAAAGUGUCCACCCUGAAAGAAUUGUUGUGCCCGAAAAUGUUACAGAGCUCUUGGAUUUUAAAGGAUAAGUCAUAUUUUUGGAUUCUUAUCCCUUAAAUAUAAGGUAAUCCAGUGACCUUUUGAACAUGAGUAUAGAUUGUAGAGGCUAUUUUAAGCCGAACUACUGUCAGUUGGUAAGUUAUUUUAUGAUAGAGUCUGGAGUUUUUGGCAAUUCGGUAGAUGAUGUGGCUAUGCAUUUUGUCACAUAGCUCUAAAAAGUCUUACCAAUCACUAGCAGGGAAUGACAUUUCCCCACUGACUGAAACAUAACUUAAGGUAAUAAGUCACUCUGGUGUCAUCUAAGGAGUUAGAGAUAGGCACUUAGAUAGGGGUAUUUUUAAAUAAUAGGUUUUAAUUUUUAAUGAAUGAGAGAUAGUAUGGAUUGUUGGUGCGUUCAUAUCUUCAUUACUCCACUCUGAAAAUUUUGCAACAGAUCUAAGAUCGAGGAGUUUUUGAGAAAUGAGCAUCUCAAAAUCAGUCUGAACUUCACAUGCUGUUUGUUACCGAAUCCGUUUUACUAUGUUUUCUGUCAGUUACUUUUCAUUACCUCAGUAACUAAUUGAAAUCGAGUUUUAAGUCUAGUUUUCCUCACAAAACAUUGGCAAAAGGACUUCAAAGACAACUUGAGUUUCUGUAUGGUUCGAAUCGGCACUUCACGCAUCAUUGUUUGACUGAUAUACUAUCUGGCUCACAGAACAAAUAUGCCGAUGACUUUCCGACGUCACUGAGACUAGUUUUAAUCUUACUGAGGGAGUUUCACUGUGAUGGCCUCUUAGAUAGGCGUUUUUGAUCACGAGGAAGUAAAUUUCAACGAGUUAAUCCAUGCCGAAGACCGUGGUCACUCAGUUCCACCCGUUGUAUUAUUAUUUUGUUAUCCAUAUGUAAGUUUUCAAAGAGUGGCAAAAGAUCUACGUCUGUGCAAAAUCCUAUAUUGAAUUACAAGUCAAAUUAUAUGAUUUAAAAUGGAAUAAUUAGCAUUCGGAAUUAUAUCUAUACAUAUUAUUAAAUAAGACUGUACACACACACACACACUAGUCACUAAUGAAUGUUUAUCAUUCUGAGUAUGGAAUUGUUCUUUGAUACGGGGCUUACUUUCCAGUUGUUGCGCAAAAAAUGAAUAUAACUGUCAUGAAUGAAAACCAGAACACAUUUGCAUGUAUGAGUGAUGAAUGAGUUUGGAAAAAAGUGUGUUAAUUUCAACUUACUUUAAUUUCAGAUUAAAAAUUUUAUACAAACUUUGGUCAGAAUCAUUGAAGAAGUUACACAGAACUCGUAGUGUUGUUUUUAAUGAGGAAUUUGUAUUAUCUAUCAGAAAAAUAUAAUCAUGAGCAAGGG